AUGUCUAUGGGAUUGAAACGGCCGUGUCAUCGCUGGGUCGCUGAACUGGCCGACUUCAAUUUCAAGAUUAAAUACCGCCCAGGGAAGUCCAACACAGACGCAGAUGUACUCUCUCGUAUGCCCCUUGACUUUGAGACCUACAGAGCCCAGUGCACAAGCGAGGUCAGCACCACUCAUCUGGGUGCCACCAUUGCUGCAGUCAGAGCCGAUAGUUCCGGAUGUUUCCCCUGGAUUGAUGCCCUGUCUGCCUCCACGUCAAACCCAGAUGACAGUGUGAUGAGCUCCCACCACAUUUCAAAAAGAGAACUGAAGGCAGCGCAACGCGAUGACAAUACCAUCGGGCGCGCCAUCCAGUUUCUUGAAAGCGGUCAUCGCCCAACUAGACAGGACCGGAUGACAGAACCGCCCAAUACUGUUGCUCUUCUUCGGGAGUGGGACAAGCUAGAGUUGGAUGUUGAGGGAAUACUCCAUCGCAGAUCGGGUGGCAAGAAACAAUUAGUCCUCCCUCUGAAGUACCAUCGCUCUGUCUACAAAGAGUUACAUGAAGAGAUGGGUCAUCUCGGCGCAGAGCGUGUUAUUCACCUUGCACGUGAUAGAUUCUUCUGGCCCCACAUGCAACGAGACAUCGAGCACUAUGUGUCUAAUGUUUGUAGAUGUUUGCAACAGAGGAAACCAAACCUGCCAACCCGAGACCCUCUCUGCAGCAUAGCCACCACAUCCCCAUUCGAGAUGGUCUCCAUCGAUUUCCUCCAUCUGGAGAGGAGUGUUGGCGGAUAUGAAUAUAUAUUGGUUGUUAUGGACCAUUUUACGCGGUUUGCGCAAGCAUAUCCAACGACCAAUAAAUCUGGUAGGACGGUGGCAGAAAAGAUAUUCAAUGAUUUCGUCUUGAGAUUUGGAUUUCCGCACAAACUCCACCACGACCAAGGGAGGGAGUUUGAGAACCAACUGUUUUGGCGACUCCAACAACUUUCUGGCAUCACCCCCUCUCGUACCACUCCAUAUCACCCACAGGGGAACGGUCAGGUGGAGCGCUUUAACAGGACGCUUCUUGGGAUGCUCCGCACCCUACCUGAAAGAGAGAAGUCACGCUGGAAGGAGUCCCUGAACAAGGUGGUGCAUGCGUACAAUUGCACUCGUUCUGAUGCCACCGGAUUCUCUCCGUUCUAUCUUCUGUACGGACGUCCCCCUCGACUCCCCAUUGAUCUGACAUUUGGCUUGUCACAAGCAAAGGAGCCCCCAAAGAAUCAUCAAGAGUACAGCCAACGCUGGAGGAGACAAAUGGAAGAAGCAUAUGAGGUCGCCAGGAGGAAUGCAGACAAGUCAGCAGCACGAGGAAAACGCCAGUAUGACAGGAAAAUGCAGAGCACUGUCCUGCAGCCCGGUGAUAGGGUCCUGGUGAGAAACCUCAGGGAGACUGGUGGACCAGGCAAACUACGAGCGCACUGGGAAAGUGAAGUUCACACGGUAGUGAAACGGCUUAGUGAUGACUCUCCUGUGUACAAACUACGGCCAGAAAGAGGCCAGGGAAGGAACAGGACUCUCCAUCGGAACCUUUUGCUACCCUGUAAUGACCUCUUACUAGAAGCUCCAACUGUCUCCAUCAAAACGCGACCUACAACUGCACCCUUUGCCCGACCUGCACCAGAAGCAAGUGUUCAGCAAGAUCCUAGCGACACAGACAGUGAAGCUGAAUACGUCAUCCAGCUGCCCACUCCUUCCUCAAACACCAAUUGCCCUGCAGUGAACACUUCAGGUCUGAACCACGACGCUGAGGUGUUCCUCCCCAUGGGUGACAUAAGGAACGAGGAAGUGGCAGAUGAUCCAGUUGCGGCUGCCCCAGAACCGGCAGCAGUUGCACAUGACGAGCCUGUUCCAGUUCUAGUCCCUGCAGCUGUUGUCCCGGCACCAGUACCUGAACCUGAGCCCGUUCCAGUUCCAGUCCCUGCAGCAGUUUGCCCAGCUCCAGUACCUGAACCCGUUCCAGUUCCAGUCCCUGCAGCUGUUGGCCCGGCACCAGUACUUGAGCCCGAGCCCGUUCCAGCCCCUGCAGUAGUCGGCCCAACACCUGUACCUGAGCCUGUAGCUGAACCAAUAGCCGUUCCUGAUCCAGUUGUACCAGAUCCUGCAGCCGUACUAGAACAUGGGGUCUCCAGUGAAGAAGUGCCAGGACUGGAGCCAGUGGUUCCCGCCCCAGAAGCCGAAGUGGACCCCGGAUUGCAUGGAGAUGCAGGACCCUAUCCUGCAAGACAGAGACAGCCCCCUCAGCGCCUGACCUAUGAGCAACUGGGUCAGCCACUACAUACACCAGGCGGUGUCAACGGUGUGAUGGCAGCAGGUCUCUUCGCUGGCCCUCAUCCUUCCGUGCUCUGGCCCCAAGUACCCAUGAUGCCACAACCGUUCCACAUGCCGUGGGCUCCCCAACCCAUGCAGUGGUCCACACCUAUGAUGUCGUGGCCCAACCAGCAGGUGCCGAUGCUACCGUGGCAACAGUGGUACCAACAACCAACUUGUCAGCAGUCCUAA